CGGUAGUUUGGGUCUGACGAUGGAUAACUUGUCGCGUAGAGGACCUCGUCUAAAGGGGAAAGACGACGAUAACUCACACAUGGAUGUAUACAAACCGCGCAAGACAAGUCAAAAGAUCACCAUGAGGAACGUCAUUUCGCAUUCCGUGCACUCUGUUAAAUGGAGAGUGAUACUGCUGUCGUUGUUGGUAUGGUGUCUCGUGAUCAACUUCUUCGAGCGUUCCACGGUGAAGAGGACGAUUCAGAGGUGCCAAUGGAACAAAUGGGAGCCUUGGACGAAAGGUGAUCCUCAUAGAAUUGCACUGUUUGCAGAUCCACAGAUAAUGGAUGCGUAUUCAUACCCUGAUAGGCCAGGUUGGGUUAACUGGUUGACCAGUCAGCUCGUGGAUAACUACCACAGACGCAACUGGGCAUUUGUCGAUAAAGUGUUGGACCCGGAUACGGUGAUAUUCCUGGGAGAUCUCUUCGAUGGCGGCCGUAACUGGGAUGAUGCGGACUGGUACGAGGAGUUCAAAAGGUUCAACGAGAUAUACCACAAGAGACCUAAUAGAAGAACUAUAAUGUCGUUGCCUGGGAACCACGACAUAGGGUUUGGAGAAACUGUGAAUAUCACCAGUUUAAACAGGUUCAAAUCAACGUUUGGACCACCUUCAUCCAUUCACGAACUGGGGAACCAUACUGUCGUGCUGCUGGACACGAUCUCCCUCAGCGAUUACUCAAACCCAGAAGUUGUGCAGGAUCCACGUGAAAUCCUCGAAUCAUUGGCACCUUAUGAUGAAAACGAGGCACCAAGACUGCUGAUGACACAUGUCCCACUGUACAGAUUCCCAGACCAGCAGCCUUGCGGACCACUGAGAGAGUCAAAGAAGAAAUUCCCGAUCAUGAAGGGACACCAAUACCAAACCGUGCUAGAUUUUGACCUGACGAUGGAAGUCCUGUCGAAGGUUAGACCAAAAUUCUCGUUCAGUGGUGACGAUCACGAUUAUUGUCACGUUCAACACAAGUACGAGUUCCAAGGCCAACCUCGCACGGCAGAUGAGAUAACUGUCAAGUCCUGCUCCAUGAAUAUGGGAAUUCAAUACCCAGCCAUUGAACUCUUGUCAUUGAAUACGGAAGACGUUGGUGAUCAGACCUUCAAAGUAGAGAUAUGUUACUUGCCACCACCUUAUGCUGCAUUGAAAGGUUACAUUGUCACCGCAAUACUGAACGCAAUUGUACUGAUAGUGUACUUCCUUCUGCCACACUUGUGGAUAGCCACCUCGCAGAGGGUGAUAUCAAGGUUCUCACACCCAGAGUUCCCUCUGCCGUUGGCUGAACACCACACUAAGCCAAUCUUUAGAGAAAAAGAUUAUAUUGCAAUAGUGGUGAAUGGGACCUUUAUAGCUGGUGGAGUUCUCUCACUGUUCGGGCUCUUCUUCAACGCAUUCAAGUGAAUUGUCUGUUAUCUUCUAUUGGACGACAUUUAUAUAUAUAUACAUAACACAAAAGUAUAACGUUAGAUCAUACCUCUCAACUUACCGAAAUACGACGUUUCGGUGCUAUAAUCUGAUC